AUGUGGGUGAGCAAGAUUACGCUACCGCGGCCGCCAGAGGACGAUGUGUGGCAGCAUGUCUUUUCCGCAAUUGCGGCUCUAGGGAAUGGCAAGAAGGCAUACAUCAAACUGGCACUUGAACCGGUGGGAGCAGAGUGGCUUGGAUACCGUGGCGGCGUAUCUGAUACUGAACCCGAACCAUCGAUGGCCGAACAGGAAAAAUACGACAGCUUAAUGGGAGAAGUCAAGAACAAGAUUACAAUUCUCUACUUUCACGGCGGCUCCAACUAUCUCAUAGACCCAGUGUCGACGCGACCAGUGGUAGCCAAAUAUGCGACAGUGGCGCAAGGACGAGUGCUUUCGGUUCGGUAUCGCCUGGCCCCACAAGGGCCAUUUUCAACUGCAUUGGUUGAUGCCCUGGUCGCGUAUCUGUCGCUACUAUAUCCACACCGCCUGAAGCAUUUCGUGAACCUGUCGGCGCGACUUCAAUUGUCAUGUGCGGAGAUUCUCACGGCGGCAACGUUGCUACAUCGCUGCUACAGCUACUGCUUCAUAUACAUCGCGCCGCACCCGCAGAAGAAGCGCCAACGCUACGAUUUCAUGGAGCAGAGCAUGCAAUGGACAACAGCGUACUCGUAG